CUACAUGCUGUGGCCAUAACACAGGCGACAAAAACAAACGUGUUGCGCCAUGUCUGACAACAAUAUGGCGGCCGUCACAAUCUAACAGCUCCUUCAACUCUACGAACCAGACGAGAUGAAGAUGGUCAGUGUAUGCACCGGAUUGACGCUCUUGCUGUGUCUGCUUCACAUCUCAUCAGCUUCACAGGUGGCGUUUGUUGCCCAGCCUAUGAUAAUUGACCCGAUCCUCACCAGUACUCUGACACUUCGAUGUUCCAUCACAUCCCCGCCUAUGUCGACAAGACAGCUGCAUGUUGAAUGGCCAACCAACCCGCCGCUAUCUACCCAAGUCUCACAAGUGUUGUCAGUGGGGAUCUUCGCCUUCGACCACAACAUCAACCGAAACCAGCUGGUGGCCAGCGUUCGAACGUCGGAGCAUGCAAGCAUAGAACAGACCUACGCCGGUUUGGUGAGGGUUGAGGGUAGUACAAACACAUCACAGACCCCGGGGGAAAUGGCGUAUCUUCAAGUCCAAUGGGACAAUCCGUUAGAGGAACAAGCUGUGAGCUAUACCUGCGAGGCUUCAAUGCUGACGUUGACCGGUCAAACUACGAGCAUGAGUAAUGUUUUAGAAGUGACAUCAUCAGACCCGACUAUAUCAGACUUGGUUAAGUUCAUUUCUCAACAUAAGCAACAGAUUUCUGAUCAAGAGAAAAAAAUCGCACUUUUACAAGAAGAAAAUCAACAUCUUAGGCAAGCAAUAAUUUCUAUACAAUCCAACGCCAGCCAUUAUGCUUUAGACGGUGGCGCCAUACAACAGCAGAUUACAGUGCUGCAACAGAACUUCAGCUCGCAAACACAAGAGCUGCGGGCUAAAGUGGAGGAGAUGAAAGGACAAAACAUAGAAUCUGGCAUCGCCGUGUGCCAUACCCACUACGUCAGUUUCAAGAGACGCUACCUGGUCAAGCCGACAGUCCUGACCACGUUCGUCAGGCUUGGGUUCACGACCAGUCCCAACAAAGACACGGCAGACACGUUUGUCUUCCAGGUGAAUACGGAGAAUGUUGACGUCACCGGCUUCAAUGUCACGUGCAUCAACUCCGGGUACAGCUCUAUAGCUGAUUUUGUUUGGCUCGCAAUAGACAAUUAAAAUAAAUGUCUGUCUUCAGUAAUACAAAUAAAAUCAUACAUUGAA